GGCCUGUUCUAAGAUUGUCCGAUUAGAUUUGGGGGGGGCUAAUAUCUGAUGUGACCCGUAGAGGUAGAUUUUAAAUAAUAAAUCUUCCUAUCAGAGAACGAGUGGGCACUGCAGCCUAUCUUUACUCGCUCGAAAGUGCCACUGACCGAUCCGAAGUGGUUCUGCUACAGAGAAUUUAGUAGCGAGUCGGUUGGACAACAGUGAGCUUCACCGUUUCGCCCCUCGAGAAUCGAAAUGGAAACCGCCGACGUUGAUAAAAAAAACUACUCCGAUACGGUUCUGUACAAUGUCUUGUCGAAAAAGAAGGAAUCGCGGAGGAGAAUUCCCUGGUAUUAUGCUCCCUUCUUUCUGCUCAUCUGGGUGGUGCUAUUCUACGCAAUUGUGCUUCCGCUUUUCGGCCGAUUACCCGACCGCUUAACCAUCGCUGACGAGCCACAAAAGCCCGGCGAGUUUGUGGCGGAGAGAGCGCAAAGGGUGCUUCACCAACUCGAUCGUAUCGGGCCUAAAGUGGUCGGAAGUAAGGCAAACGAGGUGGAAACGGUUAGUCUGCUCUUGAAUGAAGUGUCAAAGAUUCGGAAUGAAAUGCGUGGGGAUAUCAAUGAUCUGGAAGUGGAUCUGCAGCAGCCAAAUGGUAUGUUUGUCCUCGGCACAAUGACCAGUUUGUAUCAGGGCAUCCAGAAUGUGGUUGUGAAGCUGAGCAGCAAAAGCUCUAAUAGCUCAACUUAUCUUCUGCUAAAUAGUCAUUUUGACUCCAAGCCAGGAAGCCCGGGUGCUGGCGAUGAUGGCACUAUGGUUGUUGUCAUGCUGGAAGUGCUGCGUCAAAUGUCUAUUUCGGAAACCCCCUUUGAACAUCCAAUAGUUUUUCUAUUCAAUGGGGCCGAGGAGAAUCCCCUGCAAGCUUCUCAUGGUUUUAUAACUCAGCACAAAUGGGCUUCCAAUUGCAAAGCAGUCAUUAAUUUGGAAGUUGGCGGUAGCGGAGGACGUGAUAUUUUAUUUCAGAGUGGACCCAAAAAUCCCUGGUUAAUAAAGUACUACAAAAAAUAUUCAAAGCACCCAUUUGCCAGCACAUUGGCAGAAGAAAUCUUUCAAUUUGGAAUUCUACCAUCCGACACAGAUUUUCGAAUCUUUCGAGACUUUGGACAUAUUCCUGGACUCGACAUAGCGCAAUUUAGCAAUGGAUAUGUUUACCAUACAGAAUUCGAUAGGUUCGAUGUGAUUCCAGGACGUUCUAUACAAACCACUGGUGAGAAUAUCCUUUCUCUUGUUCGAGCUUUAUCAAAUGCGAAGGAAUUGGCCAAUUCUGAGGAAAACAGUGGCGGACAUGCUGUAUUCUUCGACUUUCUUGGACUGUUUUUCGUUUAUUACACGGAGGCAACUGGCUUUUUGUUAAACUGUUCUCUUGCGGGGAUCAGCUUUAUACUUAUAGGCUUUUCCCUUUGGAAAAUGGCAACCAAGUCCGAGAUUUCGAUGGGGCGCAUAUCGAUAUGGUUUCUUAUUAUCCUGGGAUUGCAUCUUAUCGGGUGUCUCGUGGCCAUUGCUUUGCCCCUUUUGAUGGCUCUUUUGUACGAUGUCACUGAUCGAACCCUAACCUAUUACAGCAACAAUUGGCUGGUUAUUGGAUUAUACAUCUGUCCAGCUAUCAUAGGGCUAGUGCUGCCAUCUACACUCUACCACACAUUUAAGCCAAAUGACAAGUUAAAUCACUCUUAUCAGAUCCAGAUGGGUUUGCAUGCCCAUUGUUUGGUGGUGGGAUUCCUUGCUAUUAUUUUGACUACCCUGGGACUACGGUUUCCAUACAUGUGUAUGGUGUCCUUGUUUUUCUAUGUGGCGUCCGUACUGGUUAAUCUUCUAAGUUCGCUGAGUGAUAAAGGAUACUCAUGGGUAGUAACCUCGCAAUUCAUCCAGAUUAUGCCAUUUGUGUACUUUUGCUAUAUUUUCUACAUAUUUCUCGUUAUUUUCUUUCCCGCAAUGGGAAGGAAUCGCGAUUCGGCCAAUCCUGACAUGUUAAUUGCCUUAGUAUGUGCCAUUGGGACAAUAUUUGCAUUGGGCUUUGUGGUUCCUUUGAUAAACAUGUUCCGGUGGUCCACCGUAAUAUUGGUUUGCCUGGGCAUGGUGACUUUUAUUUUUAGCAUGAUCUCUGUUUCUCAAGUAGGAUUCCCCUACCGGCCCAAGACAAGUGUAAUGAGGGUAAACUUUUUGGAAACUCGUAGAAUCUUUUAUGACUACGAGGGUAGGCCCGUGUUAGACGACUCUGGUUAUUACAUAGACUACCAGGAUAGGAGAGCUCUUCGGCCACUUGAGGCGCACGGAAUAAAUAUGACAGGGCUGACUUCUAUGGCCACCGAUUGCAAUCACGAGUACGUGAUGUGUGGAAUGCCGUGCUUUUGGAGUAGCUGGUGCCGAUCCCUGGCCAGCGCUGCCUGGUUGCCCCGGGAAUCAGAGGUGAUUGUACCCGGAACUUUGGAUUUAAAGCUCGUGAGUUCCAGUGUCCUCGAAACGGGAAAGUCAAAGAGAUUUGACUUUGUGCUGGCGGGUCCACCACACAUGGGACUGUACAUUCGUCCCUUGUCUGGGGCUUCUAUAGAGGACUGGUCCUUCGUUCGGACAAUGCUAGAUCAGCCAGAAAAGUACUCGGCGCCCUAUCAAAUAUAUUUUUCAUACGGUGUUGACUCAACUCCAUUUAAAUUUCACAUCGAUUUCGCGAACCCCAAUGGAGAUUUUACGGGGCCCACUUUCGAGUUGGGUGUCGUGGGGCACUACAUUAACAAGGAUUUCGAGCGAGAUGCAACUACAAUCCGGUUCAUAGACGAAUUUCCUGACUUUGUUUACAUUAUGGAAUGGCCAUCGCUGUUCAAGCGGUUUAUCUUUUAAGAUCGUAAUCCUUAAGUUAAUUUUGAUUUGCAUCGAUUAUAUGUCUGGCAUUCCGAGUUGCGGCGAUAAAGUAAUCUAUUGUGGCAGCGGAUGAGAAAUAAAUAUAAUCUCUAUACUAUAGUAACGUCACCGUAAUCUCUCAGACAUCGGUCAAUGAAUAAGCUUUAAUUUUCAGCUGCUCCUAGCGUGUGUCGGAAUCGCCACUUAUGUAUAUUUAUAUUAAGUCAUAAAACCCCCUCUAAUUUAGAUACUCCGGCCGUGUCCAAGGUGUACACACGGUGGGUGAGCACCCAGCCGCCCUGGUGCGCCUUAAGACAAAGCUGUUUUCCCCCGCCGCUAAACCGAAAACCCACGGGUAUCAACUAACGCACGGCUUUAUCU